AUGGCGGACGCGGCGGGCCCGUCCCGCCGCCGGCCCGCCUCGGCCUUCUGGGCCCGGGACCAUUCUGAUGAAGAACAAUCAAUAGUAUAUAUUCCAGGAAUUUCUACAGAAGGAUGUAUCAAAUCAAGACACAAGUUGAUGAGUCUAAAACCUAACGUUAAAGUUAAAACUUCUGGGGUGACUGCUGCUUCAGUCUCUAUGGAGUCUUUAAGAGGUGGUGGUGAUUCAGUAGAUCAACAGAGUUUUUGCAGGGCAGGAAUAAAGAGUGCAUCACUGAAGGAUUUAUGUCUUGAAGACAAAAGACGCAUCGCAAACUUAAUUAAAGAACUGGCCAGAAUAAGUGAGGAAAAGGAAGUGACAGAAGAACGGCUUAAAGCUGAGCAGGAAUCAUUUGAGAAGAAGAUCAGGCAUUUGGAAGAACAGAAUGAACUGAUCAUCAAGGAAAGGGAAGCUCUCCAGCUACAAUUUAUAGAAUGCCAAGAACUUCUAAGCCUGUAUCAGAAAUAUUUAUCAGAGCAGCAGGAGAAACUCACCAUGUCUCUCUCAGGUACUGCAAGAGAGCAAGAACAACAGGUAGCCAAUAGGAGAAGCACUCUCCAUUCUUCAUCCUUGGAAGUAAAUGGUUCCUACUUGAGUAUUGCCAAACCACAAGUCUACCAAAAUCAGCAAAGGCCCAAGUCUGCAAACCAGCACUCUUCUUCAGAUAACCUUAUGGAGUUAAGGAAUAGUUCUGUAAAACCACCAGUCCUUUAUGGUCCCAAAGAGAAGCUAGUUAAGGUGCCAUCAGAGACCAUGACAUGUAAUUAUGCACCUCAAAUCCACACAGAGAAGACUCCACCAGAGGAAUUGUUAAGGAAAGAAUGUCCACACCUUAAGCAUACUCUUUCUGAUCAUUGUUGCAGUCCUAAACUUUCUGAAAAUGCAGAUCAUGUUCUUGAGAACCAUCCUACAAACAUGGCUUCUCAGUGUUCCAAGACACAUCUGGAAUUAUGCAGUUAUUGUGGACUUUCCUGGACAUCUUUGAUGCAUGGUCAAGAGCCACUGCAGAUUCAUGAAAAUGAUGUCAAAAAGCAGCUCUCAGAAGAUAGAAGACACCAACUUAUGCUUCAGAAAAUGGAGCUAGAAAUUGAAAAGGAGCGCCUUCAGCAUCUGUUAUCUCAACAGGAGACAAAACUUCUCCUAAAACAGCAGCAGCUUCAUCAGUCUCGACUUGAUUACAAUUGGUUAAAAACUCAGACUGUAUUCAAAUUAAGAAACCGGGUUGCUGAUAAAGAGUUUACUAAACCUCAGGAGCUCAAUCCAAAUAUGAAUAGGAGUGACUCUGGAAGAAGUUUACUGACAACAAAAAGUGAUAGCUACCUUUUUGAUACAUCACUGUCCACCAAGAAGUACCAAGACUCCACAAACAGUGGAGACAAUAAAAAGGAGAAGAAAGUUGGGUUUCAGCCACAAAUAGAAGAUGAUGCCUCGUGGACUUGUCAAAGAAAAGAUCGACCUCAAAGAGGGACUAUGAUGGAAGCUAGAAAAGAUGCGUCCACAUCUCCUAUGAGAACUGGAAGCCAAAAGGAACUUGUAACCACAACCACAUCAUCAUUCAAACUAGACACCACCCGGUAUGAAUCAUCUCUGUUGGAUUUGGUUCAGUCUCUGAGCCCAACACUUGCUCCCAAACUCCAGCCACGACCUUCCAGAGAUGCCAGGGCCUGGCAUCACAGGACUAGCAGACUCAGUCCUGUGAAAUCAUCUUGGAGCAAGACGGGAAAAGUCAGGACCUCCGAAGACCUGGAGGAGAAUCAAAUUCUGGAAGACAUUUUUUUUAUUUGACACUGAAGCAUAUGCUGCAAAACUUCCAUUAUUUAUCUGUCUGGUUUUUUUUAUGUACUGAUCUUGGGUUUUAAAUUAUUUGAUUAUAAAAAAUCAUCUCUUCUCUCAUAGGGACCUAGCUCACUAACAUCCUGUUAUAUAUUGAAUAUAGAAAUCAGUCUAAUACCAGGGUGUUUUUGAUUAGACCAAUCAGUGUAUUAUGUUUUAAAGGUGCUAGAUGGAGAACCAAUAUCUUUUGUGGGCCAAGAAGAUUCUAGAAAACUCGCACAGGACACUUUUUUCAUUGAAUAUCCAACCUUAUUUCAAGAGUAUUUCCUUCUCAAUAUUUUGUUGGAAAAGUUGGUUCUCUCUUGUACCCUAGGAAAACUUUCCACUAAAAGAUCUUUUUCAUUUCAAGAUAGUCAUUCAACAUAGUCAUUUCGAAUAGAAAUGAUUCCAGGAAGAUAGAAUCCCUCCAUCUCUCCACAUUGCUCAUACCUCUUAUUUCUACUUGUACUGGAUUGCAGUGUAAUAAUUAAUGCUGGAAUUACUUCAGUGUCCCUGCUAUCACGAGCAAUGCUGAGUGUCAUCUGUGAAUCAGUCUCCUUAGUCAUCAGUCUCAAGCUUAACUGAAGAUCUCAGUAACUAAAGACAACCAGGCUUUGGAAACCAGAAUUAAAUAGCAUAGGAGAGGGAUUUCCUAAGAGAAAUGCAGUGGAGGAACAAAUCUAAAAUGUUUUUCCCACCAUUUCUUAUUUACUUGGGGAUGAAUAAAAGUAAAUUCUCAGUGUUUUUAUUGACCCACAUGUCUGUUUUAUUCACCCUGGUAAACGUCUUGUGGUUGCGAUCAUGAGAAAAAGAGCAUAACCCAACUGCUGCAAGAUCAGAGGUCCUUUCCGAUCCCCACUCUCACCCCAGUAGGAAAGAAGACAGACCCUGGGCUAGCCAGGCAUCAAAUGUGGUCUGCUCAAAACCAUUUUCUCAUUGCCUCCAAGCAAUCAUCAGAUUAUGCUCCACUGUCCCCAAGCUGUCUGCCCCUUCCACCUUUACUUUCCCACUUAGACUCACUGAGCCAGAGGUAGCCUGUGAGGAAAGCUUAAUGGAGGCCUCAUUCUCUAUAUUCUCCUACAGUGCUCCUGAAA